ACAAACAGGAUGUCGAUAAACAAACAACAAACGACUCAGAAUGUGAUCAAUGCUCCAGAUACAAACAAUGCAGACUUGAACAAACUAAAGUCAUCACUGUCAGCACGUGCAAUGGCCAGACGAAGUGUUGCUUUGAAUUCAUCGCAGUUGCUAUCACAACUGGCGGCAGAGGGUGCGUCAAAGGAGGAGCCAGUCCCAGGACUCAAAGGCAGUCCAAAGACAUCAUCAUCAUCUUCGUCAUCAUCGACAACAACAUCGACAACAACAACAAUAACAAAGGAGAAGACUGUUGAUAAGGAUACAGGCAGUGUUACAACCACUACGACAUCGACAACAACACAUCAACAACAACAACAACAAGUCAAACCUACCAAAUCAACAUCAUCAGAGAACAGCACAUCGAACUUGUCAUCAUCAUUCUCCAACAUAGCAUUCCCACCAUCAGGUAUCCCAAAGAAGGCUGGCACUCUAAAGAGUGGCUCAUUCUUUGUACCAUCAAGCAGCACAAAAGACAGCAACAACACAAACAACAACAACAACACAAACAAUAGCGCAAUAACAACAAGUAGUACAGGAGUUGGAGGAGGAGGAGGUGAUGAAGUACCUCAGAUCAAACAUACAGCGUCAUCAUUGCAAAAGAUGAAGACAUUCGAUACAACGAGGAAGCGAUCACAAUCAAUAUCGAGUGGAUGCUUUGUAUCAUCACCAAAUCUAAAGCCUCAGCUUACAUCGCCAUCGAUCGUCAUUGACAAGAGCACCAACAAUAGCAAGCAGCCAACGAUAGCCAUCACAACGACCACUGCAGACGAGCAACAGAGCAAUGGCACUGCAGACACCGAUCAGUCACAGGCUCCGGCCGCCGCCGUAGCUGGCGCAGCGGCAGACACACCCAAGCCAAAGCCCAAAGAGGAUGUAUUCACUCGACUCUCAUCACUGGCCAAGCCCAAUCGCAGUCGAUCACAGUCAGUGUCUGCGAAUCAUGCGUCGGCACCAUCACCCUCGUCCACAUCAUCGGAUUCAAAGGAUUCAUCAAAGUUGAGCAAGCUGCUACCCAAGGCACUACGGUCAUCCAAGGCUGACCUGUCGCCAACAUCCUCAUCCUCAUCCUCAUCCAAAGACACGACGUCGACCACCACCAAGUCAACAGCGAGCAGCAAGGAGUCGUCUGCGCAUUCGACCAAGACAGCUCAACCCCCUGUCCCAUCAAAGGUCUCUCCCGUCAAGUCACCGACGACCAUCUCCACAAACACCGAUCCCUCGACACACUCAAUCUCCCUAACAUCCUCACCAAACAAGCUGGCCAACUUCAAAUGUACAAUGACACCAUCAGUGGCACUGAAACUCUACGCCAACGAAUUGACAAAGGAGGAGAAGGUGGAGAUAAUGGACUUCCCCAACAUUUACUUCACUGGCAACACCAUCCACAAGACAAAGAUCAACAGGAACUUGCCAAACAAUGGCUUUGACCGUGAGCAGGGCGACUACGUGGUGGUGGAGCACGAUCACAUUGCCUAUCGAUACGAGAUCCUCUCGAUCCUUGGUCACGGCUCAUUCUGUCAGGUGGUCAAGUGUCACGAUCACAAGACUGGUCAACUAGUGGCAGUCAAGAUCAUCAGAAAUCAGAAGCGUUUCCACAGUCAAGCACUGACAGAGAUCAAGAUAUUGGAGUUCCUAAAGAACAAUGAUCCAAACUCUACCGCCAAUAUUGUACACUUGAAUGAGAGCUUUGAGUUUAGGAAUCAUCUGUGUAUAACAUUUGAGCUGCUAAGCAUGAACCUGUACGACUUCCUCAAGGCCAACAACUUCCAAGGCUUCAACAUCAACCUAAUACGAAGGUUCGCAGCUCAAUUGUUGACCUCACUUAGAUUCCUAUCCAAGAGACAUAUCAUACAUGCUGAUCUAAAGCCUGAGAAUAUAUUACUUAAACAACCAACCAAGUCAGGCAUUAAGUUGAUCGACUUUGGUAGUAGCUGUUUCGAGAACGAACCAAUCUUUACGUACAUCCAGAGUAGAUUCUAUCGAGCGCCAGAGGUUAUACUGGGCAUUAGAUAUGAGAAGGCCAUCGAUAUAUGGAGUCUUGGAUGUAUAUUAGCAGAGCUGUAUAUGGGUGCCCCGCUGUUCCCUGGCAGCGACGAGCCAGAACAACUGGCAUGUAUUAUAGAGAUUUAUGGUGUACCCCCUGCCUCCAUCAUUCAAGCCUCGACGAGGAGAGAGGUGUUCUUUGACGACGCCGGCGCGCCACUGCCCUACGACCAUCCGAUGGGAGGAGUGUACGGCGUGGCCACCAAGACAUUGGCCGAGUCCAUGAAGUCCCAAGACGAGGACUUUGUCGACUUUAUCGAUCGUUGUCUACAAUGGGAUCCGAAUGCGCGUCUUACCCCUGAGGAGGGUCUAAGACAUCGCUUCGUGGCAGAGUUGGCAAACACCGCAACAACAGCAGCAGCACCAACAUCAACAACA